CAAUCAUCUGACAUCUGUUGAAGCAGCUGUCAAUUUUAAUGAAAUACGAUGAAUUUUCGUUCGAGAAGUUUGCAUUGGCGUUUGCCAAUGUUUAUGUUCUUUUACGGGAAAUAAAACAUGCGAUCAUAUAAUUUUCGGUCCGAGACGGUGUGUUAGUGUAUGAGAAAUUUGGAACGAAUUGUGAUAUACCUGUGAUUUAUUCGGUUGAAGUGUUAAAUUACAAUUGUUUUACAUUUAAUUAUCAUUUUCAAAUGGGUGCUAAGCCAAGUACUGCUAAUGGGACUCAGAGUCCCCGAAGUAGAACAUUUUCGACUAGCAGUAGUUCUGAUGUUGUUGGAGCCCCUGUCGGCUAUCGUCUUCUCAGAUCAUUGCCGGGACUGGAUCUUUCGAGUGAUCGUCAAAGGGCUCGAUCCCUGUCAAGUGUUCCAGACUUGCAUUCCAGUCACGAAACAUUGGCAAUACCUGCAACAGGGUCCAGCUUUGACACAUCUGCAGGUGCCAGUCCAGAAACUGACAGCAGCUCUGCGGAAGAGGCUGCCAUUGGUCUAGGUCCUACGAGCAUUGCAUUAGGUAGAGUGUAUGCUGCACAGUCCCUACCAUCUCAUAUAUGGUCCCUAAAUGGUAAGUUUUUGUAAAUACUAUU